AUGUGGCUACACGUCGUUGUCGGUGCAUUUUUGGUGUUGCAUGUUGCUGGAGGGUCAUUUAAGGUUGGUGUUGAGAGAGUCUUAAGUAAGUGGCUUGAAGAUGAUUUUUUAUGGUUUUGGAUGUUUUAUUGUUCUUUAGGCUUAAGAUAAGUGAGAUUGAAAGCUGUAUGGUUAAGCUUGUAGGUUAAGGUUUGGCAGGCUAGGCUUAGUAGGCUUAGGCUUAAUAUUCAUCGGUUUAAUAGGCUUAGUAGGCUUAGGCUUAGUAGGCUCAGGCUUAGUAGGCUCAGGCUUAGUAGGCUUAGAUUUAGUAGGCUUAGGCUUAGUAGGCUUAGGUUUAGUACGCUUAGGCUUAGUCUUAGUAGACUUAGGCUUAGUAGGCUCACAUUUGGUAUGUUUAGGCCCCUACACUUAUGAUUAUUAGGCUUGGUAUUUUCAAGUUUAGUAAGCUAGCGCGUUGUAUGUGCUCUGUAAAGAAAGUUAUUGUCUGUUUUUUUUAAAUGUUGCGCAGAAUUAAAUGCAGUAAAAUACCCUUACUCGCAGUAAUUUGUUGGGUCGUUUUACACCGAGGCAAAUAUUCCAAAAGUGAACAAUAUUACAUCAGAAAACGUUGCGUAAUACGGUUUCUUGCAAUUUACCUAAAGCUACCUAGUUAUAAUAUCAUGUUGGAUAACAUUAGUUAUAUUACGCAGUCGGUUCCUUUUCUUAUUUCUUAUCUUACGUUGACUAGGCAGGAUACAUUAAGGCAAAGUUGAGGUAAGGUAGGAUAAUAUAGGGUAAGAUAAGAUAAGGUAGGGUAGAGUAAGUUAGUGUCAAGUAGAGUAGAAUAGGGUCGGGAUGUGUAUGGCCUGGCUAAAACAAAAAAAAAUUUCAAACCCCAACUUUCCAGCCAACAAAUCAAGUGUAAUAUACGAUAUCUAUGGUCAAAAGCUGAACAACCGUAACGAUGUUGAGUACCGUGGCCGCAUGACACUUGGUACACCACCACAAGAGUUUAAUGUUGUGUUUGAUACGGGAUCCGACAUUUUAUGGGUACCACAACAAGGCUGUCAAUCUAGUGGACCAUUGGUUAAGAAGUGUCCUAGUACCGAUGUUUAUAAUCCCAGUGCCUCUAGUACGGCCGAAAACACUGGAGAUACGUUCUUUAUUGAGUAUGGUACUGGCUCGGCUAGAGGGCUGUAUUAUAAGGAUAUUUUUGCUGUAAGUGUAAUGUUUUUAGGCUUGGGGUUUUGGGCUUAGGCUUUUAGGCUUAAGCUUUUAGGCUUAGGCUUUUAGGUUUAGGCUUUUAGUCUUAGGCUUUUAGGCUUGGGUUUUUUGUUUUAGGCUUUUCGGGUUAAGCAUUUAGGCUUACAGUUUUAGGUUUAAGCCUUUAGGCUUAGGCUUUUAGGCUUAGGCUUUUAGGCUUAGGCUUUUAGGCUUUGCGCUUGCUUAGACUUUAAUAUCUAUAUCACGUGCUGAAAACAUUAAAACUUCAGUUCGGAUCAAAAAGCGGCUCCCAACUUCAAAUGAAGAACAAGGUGACAUUCGGAGCAGGACAGCAAAUGAGAUUCACAGACGAAGGCAUUCUAGGCCUAUCGUUCCCAGCUCCAGGCGAAAAAGGUACCAAUAUAUUUGACGCCGCCGUGAAAGAAGGCUUAAUGGACAAGCCUAUCUUCACCGUAUACAUGAAGAAGUGUGAUGGUCAAUGUGAAGAUGGCGGUGUCAUCACAUUCGGAGACUAUGACAAAGAACAUUGUUGUAAUGUAAAGGGAUAUGCUGAUAUCAUGCCAAAUGAAGUUCAUUGGAAGUUCAAGUUGGAUGGAGCUAGAGGUAUGCAUAGGAGUCUCCUAUUCGGGGAAAGUUUGAGAAAUGGAAAGAAAUUUCUUUACAACACUUAAAAUAGAAAAGUGGCAUAAUUUAUAAAAAAUUGCAAAAACUUUGUUUCCACUACUAUAAAAACCUGAAAAACUUAGUUUCUACCCAGUGUUCCUUGAAAUUUUUUUAAUCAAGCGCACCGUUGCUUAACUUGCCAGAUCGGACGGGACCGCGCUUUCGCACUGUGCAAAAAAGACAAAUGGCGCUGCACGGUGCAGAAAUUAAUUUUUUGACAAUAACUUUGUUUACAAUAAUGUAAAAUGGCAUUUUUGAGUAUUUUUGAGAAUUGGAAAAAACUUUCUUUGCAAUUUUUUUUAAAAUUUUUAAAAAUUUUAAAUUUAAAAAAAAAUUUAAAUUUAAAAAUUACAAAUAUUUAAAAUUUUAACUAUCAGACUAUUAAAAACGUCACUUUCAGUCGACAACAGUCAACUAUCCCCCGGUACAGCCAUUACCGACACCGGUACCUCAGCCAUCGUAGCACCACAAGCCGAGUACGAUCGUAUAGUGCAGGAAAUUGGUGCAGUUGAAGACAAUGGUGCCACUUUAAUACCAUGUAACAAAGAUUUCAAACUUCAUUUUACUAUGGGUGGUCAAGAGUACCACGUACCCGGUAAACAGAUGAUGCUUAACAUUGGAGAUCCGAACAUGUGCCAGUUGAUGCUACAAGGAGCACCAUACGACUUUUGGUUAUUGGGCGAUCCAUUUAUUAGACAAUAUUGUCAAAUUCAUGAUUUUGCAGGCCAACGAGUUGGUUUUGCACCGGUAAAACAAAAAUAA